CCUCGACCAGCUGCAAAUACGAGGUCCUCCGUGGCUCUUGGCCAACAGAGUUCACUCCCCUGCAUCCCUCGCCUCCCUGGGCAGUACUGCGUAAGUGGAAGUAAGUCUGUCCGCCCGGAGCAACUGCUCGAUCUCUCGCGCAGUCCGAUGAGUAAACCGUCGGCAACUCGAAGCCGAGGUUGCUUCGGUGGGGAAACCCCGUGUCGCUGACUACUUCAUCUUCAUCUUCCUUUCUUCGCUCUCACCUCCAUCUCUCCCCCAUCCAAGUCGCCCAAUUGCCGCUAGUAUGUCUCUUCCUAAGUCCCAGUACCUCAGCGAUACCUGGAAGGAUGGUCUGUUUGCAAAGAAAGUGGUGUUCUGCACCGGGGGUGCCGGCACCAUCUGCAGUGCCCAGGUGCGCGGUCUGGUCCACCUAGGCGCCGAUGCCUGCAUCGUAGGCCGAAAUGUCGACAAGACCGAAAAGGCCGCGCGCGACCUGGCGACGGCUCGCCCCGGGGCCAAGGUCAUUGGCAUCGGCGCGGUGGAUGUGCGCAAGAUCGAGAGUCUCCAGAGUGCCGUGGAUCGCUGCGUCAAGGAAUUCGGGGGCAUUGAUUUUGUGAUUGCCGGUGCGGCGGGCAACUUCCUCGCCUCCAUCAACCAACUGUCGGCCAAUGCCUUCAAGUCCGUGAUAGACAUCGACGUGUUGGGAUCCUACAACACCCUCAAGACCACGCUCCCCUACCUGGUGGAGUCGGCCAACAAGCACAAAGUGGACUCGAAGACACUGGACCCCUCGCCCCUCGGUACUGGAGGCCGCAUCAUCUUCGUCAGCGCAACCAUUCAUUACAGGACCAUGCCCUUCCAGACCCACGUGUCGGUGGCCAAGGCCGGGGUCGACGCCUUGUCGCACAGCGUGGCCAUCGAAUUCGGUCCGCUCGGAGUAACCUCAAACAUCAUUGCCCCGGGCCCCGUCGCGUCAACCGAGGGUCUGGAUCGCCUGCUUCCCUCCGAUGCUUUCGAAAAUUAUAUCAAGUCCCAGCCGCUCGGCCGGGUUGGCUCCAUCCGUGAUAUUGCUGACGCCACGGUAUAUCUCUUCGCCGACAGCGGAAGUUAUGUCUCCGGUCAGACGCUAGUCGUGGAUGGAGCAUCCUGGCGCAUGUCUGCCGGGGGUGCGGCCCAGGGGAAGCUGAACUAUCCCGAUUUCCUCUUGUCGGGAGAUGCAGUUCCCAACGUCAAGGGACAGAAAUCGAAGCUGUGAGUGGUCGUUUUAGCGUUCGUGUUGUGAACAACCUGUACAUAUUCCUGUAGCCUGGACAAUACCUGCGGUAACUGCUUGGAUUCCCCCCGCCUUUGUAUCUUUGUCUCGUUCUUUUGUCUUUGUUUGCAUCUGCACUUCUCUCCGCGAAAGCGCGCGUCGAAGCAAUUAAACAAAGAGUACAGAUCUUAGAACAAUGGCCUUGUCUCCCA